AUGUUCACGCGCCUCCUCUCCUCUCUGCCUCUCUCCGUCUUCCCUCUCUCCCUCCCUCCCUCCUUCCUCCUCCUCCUCCUCCUCUUCAUCGUCGCAGCGGUCGUCCUCCUCCGGGCUCGGUCCUCUGCUCCUCCGGCUCGGAGCUCCAUCCCCUGCCUGCCGAGUCUCCCCUUCCUGGGCAGCCUCCCCUGGCUGGGAGGAGGCCUCCCUCCUCACCUCCUCUUCACGCAGCUCGCCCGCAGGUACGGCUCGGUGUUCGCUCUGUUUCUGGGGCCUCACUUCACCGUGGUGAUCAACAGCCAUCAGCAGGCCCGAGAGGUGCUGCUGCACAGAGGGAAAGACUUCGCUGGACGACCCAGCAUGGUGACCACCAACCUGCUGACCAGAGGAGGUAAAGACAUCGCCUUCUCAGACUACACUCCGCUGUGGAAGUUUCACCGCCGCCUCGUCCACAACUCCUUCACUCUGUUCGGAGAGGGAACCAGCCGACUGCAGGACAUCGUUCUGUCCUCUGUGGACAGUCUCUGUGCAGAGCUGUUGUCUAAUGGACGGCGAGGCUUCGACCCGUCUCCUGCAGUGACCAGGGCUGUCACAAACGUCGUGUGCACGUUAGUGUUCAGCGCUACCUAUCGCCAUGGCGACGCAGAGCUGCAGGAGGUGAUCCGCUACAAUGACGGGAUCGUCCAGACCAUCGCCAGAGGAGGACUGGUGGACAUUUACCCCUGGAUGAAGGUCUUUCCUAACAAGUGUCUCAGUAAACUGAAGGAGUGUAUCACCGUCAGAGACAGACUGCUGUCCCGAAAACUUGAGGAGCACAAGGUGUCUCUGAGUGACGGUGACCCCCGCGACCUCCUGGACGCCUUGUUAAAGGGAAAGACGGACAGUAAGUCCCCUGGUUGUGAGGAGGACAGGAUCACUGAUGACCACGUCCUGAUGACGGCGGCCGAGGCUUUUGGUGCUGGCGUGGAAACAACGUCCACCACGCUGCUGUGGAUCCUGGCGUACCUGCUGCACCACCCGCAGGUCCAGGAGCGCGUGCAGAAGGAGCUGGACGAACACGUGGGCGAGCGAGCCGUUUGCGUGUCGGACCGCGGCCGGCUGCCGUACCUGGACUGUGUCAUCAACGAGGGCAUGAGGAUCCGCCCGGUCAGCCCCGUGCUGAUCCCGCACACCGCCAUGACGGACAGCAGUAUUGGCGGUCACUCUGUCCGCCGUGGGACUCGUGUUUUGGUCAACAUGUGGUCGAUUCACCACGACCCCGAACACUGGGACAAACCCGACCUGUUCAACCCAGAUCGUUUCCUUGACGCGGGCCAGCGGGUCACGCCCUCCUGCUUCCUGCCGUUCGGGGCGGGGCCUCGGGUCUGCGUUGGCGAGUCGUUGGCGCGGCUGGAGCUCUUCCUCUUCCUGUCGUCUCUGCUGCAGCGAAUGAGCUUCAAGCUGCCUGACGGGGCUCCCCCGCCCAACCUGCAGGGGCGACUGGGCGUGGUCCUGCAGCCGCUGCCUUAUAAGGUCGUGGUCACUCCGAGGGCGGGCUGGGAGGGCGGGGGCAAUGUGACCACGCCGCGGGCGAAGCUGCGUCCAGUCGCCGCGCUGAACGACUCAUCAGAGAGACAAAAUGGUAAACAUUAA